AUGUGGUGGCCGUCCGCCUCUGAUACCCUAUCUCCAGGCAGCACCCUUGGGGUACUGUUGCUCGCAACAAUCAUCGCCGCUCUAAUAUACGGCGCCACUUUCCUUCAGACCAUCCAUUAUUUCGACCGAUACCACAAUGACCCGCUAAUCGUCAAGUUUCUUGUUAUGACACUUUGGCUCUUUGAUACAGUUACCAUGGUCCUAGAGGUACGGACGGUAUAUGUCUACACAGUGAACUUCGGCGGUACUCAGUUCGCUGAUGUGCCCAUCCCAUGGAGUUUGCCCAUGGAGCGUGCAUUCUCUGGGUUUCUUGCCAUUAGCGCCAUCGGUCUUGGGCUCACGUCAACUGUUGAAGAAGCCAAGCGCGGUCUCAAUGCCCCCUCGCCCCCUUUAUUUUUCUUCGUUCUCUCCACGACGAGUGCCGCUUUGCAGAUCACGGUCGAUAUCGUCAUCGUGAUGUCGCUCUAUUGGCUUUGCCGCAAUCGCGCUGGGAACAUGAGCCCUCGCGAGCGCGUGAGACACGUUCUUCUUUGUGCAGUCAAUCGAGGCAUUUUCUCAACGAUACUGCAAGCCCUAACCACUAUAGCCUAUUUCGCCCUACGUCCGAAGUUGGUGUGGAUCGCCUUCCACCUGGCGUCAAGCAAAAUACACGCCUUAUUGAACACCCGGUCAUCCGUGGAUGGCUUCGGCCACGAUGUGGAAAUUGUGGACGCCCGGGUGCGGUACAGGCUGGAGCACGAACUUGCUAGGGUUCGCUCGCAUAUGGACAGCGAGUUUACGUCCCGCACGGAGUCACCCCCAGUCAUUCCCAGCACGGUCGUGUAUGAUGCGAGCAGCGAGCAGCGGUCGUGGUUCUCCCAUAGUGACAAGUCGGAUGAGGGGUUCUCACACAUGGGUCCGACCUGA